GAGAGAGGGAUAGAGAGAGAGAGAGCGCGAGGAGUGAGUUGAAGCAAAGUCAGGCGGCGGCACAGCGACUCGAGUGAGCGCAGCACGAGGGACCAGAGAGAGACAGGGACACCUUUACGCACUCUUAAGACAAGCAUAAGACGAACGCCGACACACACACAUCAAAAUGAGUGGUCAAUUCGAGGAAGAUAUCCACGACCGGGACGAACGGAAGAGUAAAUCGCCCACACUGCUGUCCUCGUACUGUAUCGACAGUAUUCUGGGCCGGCGCAGCCCCUGCAAAGUGCGUCUGAUUGGGGCGCAAACUUUGACAGGGCUGGCGAGCAGAGGCGAGCUGCACAAGACCGCGGAAGGCUUGACGAAAGACCCCCUAACACUGGACCCGGACAUGCAUCUCCCACCGAAGCUACGUCGGCUGUAUGGCCCGGGGGGGAAAUACCUUCACGACCACGGCGACAAGUUCGACCGGGACCGGCUCAUCCUGGACCAGGCCUGCGACAGCCUGAAGAUCAGCCAGGCUCCACAGGUGAGCAUCAGCCGCAGCAAGUCCUACCGGGAGAACGCGUCCCUCAGCCGGGGAGAGGGCGACCAGAGCCCCGGGGAAGGCUCGGAGGACAGCAGCCUGGGGCUGGUGGAGCUGGGGCCCUUGAAGUUCGAAGAGGAGAACCCGGGGAAGGCAGAGGAGACGUGCAGGGACACGGCUAUAGCUCUUUCCCCCAAGGACGAAGAGCGGGAGAGCUUGAACGCGGGGGACGGGGACGGGCGGGACGGGGAGGACAGCGUGUGUCUCUCGGCGGGGAGCGACUCGGAGGAGGGCAUGCUGAAGAGGAAGCAGAGAAGAUACAGGACUACGUUUACCAGUUACCAGCUCGAGGAGCUGGAGAGGGCAUUUCAGAAGACACACUACCCCGACGUGUUCACCAGGGAAGAACUGGCGAUGCGGCUGGAUCUCACCGAGGCGCGCGUCCAAGUUUGGUUCCAGAACCGCCGCGCCAAGUGGCGGAAGCGGGAGAAGGCGGGGGUGCAGGCCCACCCCUCCGGCAUGCCGUUCCCCGGACCCCUGGCCGCCGCCCACCCGCUCAGCCACUACCUGGACGGGGGCCCCUUCCCCCCCCACCCGCACCCGGCCCUGGAGUCCGCCUGGACGGCCGCCGCCGCCGCCGCCGCCGCCUUCCCGGGCCUCGCCCCUCCCUCCCACAACGGCUCGGGCCCCUCCAUGGCCACGCCCCUCGGGCUGGGAGCCUUCCUGGGCACGGCCGCCAUGUUCCGCCACCCCGCCUUCAUCGGGCCGACAUUCGGCAGGCUCUUCUCCAGUCUGGGUCCGCUCAGCAGCGCUUCCACCAACGCCCUCCUCCGCCAGCCCGCCCCGCCGGGGGACGCCCCGCCCCACCACCACCACCACCACCACCACCAGCCGGGCCCCGUGCUCUCUGACCCUUCCUCCUCCUCCGUCACCUCCUCCUCCUCCUCCUCCCCCACCACGGCGGCGGCGGCCGACCGGCGGGCCUCCAGCAUCGCGGCGCUGCGUCUGAAGGCCAAGGAGCACUCGGCGCAGCUCACCCAGCUCACCGUCCUGUCCCCGGGGGCGGCCGGCAAGGAGGUGUGCUGAACGCUGGGGGGGCCCCACCUCUGGACUCACUCUCUCUGGGGGACCCCACCUCUGGGGGACCCCACCUCUGGGGACUCACUCUC